AUGACUUCCUUUCAAGUCCCCGUCUUCGAUACCUCCCGCUUCCCUCUCCCCACCCGUGCCUUCAUCGGCGGCGAGUUCGUGGACAGCACCGGCGAUGAGAAGCAUACCCUUAUUUCUUCGGUCAAUGACCAAAUCCUCACGAACGAACUUCAGUGGUCAAAUGCUCGAGACGUUGAUCUCGCUGUCGAAUCCUCUCAGAAAGGCCUUGCCCUUUGGCAGGCCAUGAGUAAUGACGCCCGUCGUGAUGCCCUUGUCGAGUACGGCAAUCUCAUCCGACAGAAUCGAGAGCAGCUUCACUGGUUGGAGGCAGUGCUCACUGGAAAGGACGCUGGUUUUUGUGGCUUCGAGAUUGGCGCCGCCGCCGACCUAUUCACCUACUAUGGCAACAUGAUCGACAAGUUCGAUAGUGAAGUCAUGGCUGCGGAUGAGGAUUCCAUCAGAUACACUCUCCGUCAACCAUGGGGAAUCUGCGCAGGCAUUUGUCCCUUCAACGGAGUCAUUGUCACUCUUGCAAUGAAAGCGGCGCCUGCACUCGCCUGUGGCAACUCCAUUAUUAUCAAGACUAGCGAAACAAACCCCUUCUCAACCCUAUUCAUGACAUCUCUUACCAUUGAAGCCGGCAUUCCUCCUGGCGCCAUGAACUGCCUGGUUGGCGGUGCAGAAGCCGGCAACGCCCUCUCCUCGCACAUGGAUAUCCGCAAGAUCAGCUUCACGGGAAGCAUCGGUGUGGGUAAGCUCAUCCAAAUUGCUGCGGCAAAGUCAAACCUCAAGAGCGUCACCUUGGAGCUUGGGGGCAAGUCUCCCAUCAUUGUGUUUCCAGACGCCAAUUUGGAGGCAGCACUGCCGGCUGCGACCUUGUUUCUCUUGAUGAACGGCCAGGGAUGCGCUCUUCCAACCAGGCUGUAUGUCCAUGAGUCUAUCGCUGAAGAUUUCAUUGGAAAGGUGAAGGACAUGGUUGAAGGUCAUGCGAAAACUCUAGGUGGUGAUCCUACGGCGGCGAGCACGUACUCCUCGCCCCUGUACCAUCACCGCCAGAAAGACGUCGUUCUUUCAUACAUCGAGUCUGGAAAAGCAGAAGCAAAACUCAUUACCGGUGGAAAUGCCGUUGGGGAACAAGGUUGUUACGUUGAGCCGACAAUCUUUGUCGAUCCAGCACCCGAUGCUCGAGUUCUCAGGGAAGAAAUCUUUGGACCCGUGCUUGUCGUUGUCAGGUUUUCCACCGAUGAUGAGGUUUUGAAACUGGCAAACGACACCGAGUACGGACUCGCGGCUUCUAUCUGGACGGCUGACAUGAAACGAGCAUUGCGGUUUGCUCAUAAGCUUGAGGCUGGAAGUGUCAAGGUGAACGGAGCUGGUGGUUAUCACCCAAGUGUUCCUAUGGGCGGAUGGAAGCAGAGCGGCCAAGGUCUUGAGAAUGGCAAAGAAGCUAUGCUUGACUGGACCCAGUUGAAGUCUGUUGCGUUGAGGGGAUAA